CAUAUUUUAAGUACAUAUUGCGGCGCUUCGCAACAUCCGAACUCGAUCGAGGAUCCGACAAGAAGAACCAUUCCGCCGCCGUUCACCGGUUUCCAGUGUUUAGUUCUCAGCGAGCCAGGGAUUCUGCAGUCCCCCCGCCGUGCGUGCCAUCAUGAUGCGGUCCAACAUUCGGUAUUUGGUCAACGUUGCGGUCAAGGGCAACGCCAGCCUGCGGAACCACGGAGCGGUUCUGGGUCGCUGCUACUCGACGACGCACGAUGCCGAUCUGGUCGUGAUCGGUUCCGGCCCCGGCGGAUAUGUGGCCUCCAUCAAAGCAGCCCAGCUGGGAAUGAAGACCGUGUGUAUCGAGAAGAAUGACACCCUCGGCGGAACGUGCCUGAACGUGGGUUGCAUCCCUUCGAAGGCACUCCUGAACAACUCGCACUACUACCACAUGGCCCACUCGGGCGACCUGGCCAGCCGCGGCAUUCUGGUCGACAAUGUGCGGCUCGAUUUGAGUGUGCUGAUGGACCAGAAAUCGAAGGCGGUCAAAUCGCUGACCGGUGGUAUCGCGCAGCUGUUCAAGAAGAACAAAAUCACACACAUCAACGGAUUCGGCUCGAUCACCGGCCCCAACACGGUGGUGGCGAAGAAGGCGGACGGUAGUGAGGAAACGGUCAACACGAAGAACAUUCUUAUCGCGACCGGCUCCGAAGUGACCCCGUUCCCGGGUAUCGAGGUUGACGAGGAAACGAUCGUGUCGUCAACCGGAGCCCUGAAGCUCAAAGAAGUGCCCCGUCGGCUCGGUCUAAUCGGUGCCGGUGUGAUCGGUCUCGAGCUGGGCUCGGUUUGGGGCCGACUCGGCGCCGAGGUGACGGCCAUCGAGUUCCUCAGCACGAUCGGCGGUGUUGGCAUCGAUCAGGAGGUUUCGAAAAACUUCCAGAAGAUCCUCACCAAGCAGGGCAUGAAGUUUAUGCUCGGCACCAAGGUAAUGAGUGCGGCCAAGACCGGCAGCGGGGUAUCGGUUACGGUCGAGAACGUUAAGGAUGGUUCGCAGCAGAAUCUGGAGUUCGAUGUGUUGCUCGUUUGCGUCGGACGUCGCCCGUACACGGAGUCGCUCGGACUGGAGAACGUUGGCAUCGUGAAGGACGACCGAGGCCGCGUGCCGGUCAACAGCCAGUUCCAGACGAUCGUGCCGAGUGUUUACGCCAUCGGUGAUUGCAUUCACGGCCCGAUGCUGGCCCAUAAAGCGGAGGAUGAGGGCAUCGUGUGCGUUGAGGGUAUGCUCGGGGGACACGUGCACAUCGAUUACAACUGUGUGCCGAGCGUGGUGUACACGCACCCGGAGGUUGCCUGGGUGGGCAAGAACGAGGAAGAGCUGAAGGCCGAAGGUGUCGCAUACAACGUCGGCAAGUUCCCGUUCGCGGCGAAUUCGCGUGCCAAAACGAACAACGACACCGAUGGUUUCGUGAAGGUUCUGGCUGACAAGCAGACGGACCGCGUUCUCGGCGUGCACAUCAUUGGACCGGCCGCCGGUGAACUAAUCAACGAGUCUGUGCUGGCGAUGGAAUACGGUGCAUCGGCUGAAGAUGUGGCCCGUGUUUGCCAUGCUCACCCAACCUGCGCCGAGGCCCUGCGAGAGGCGCAUACGGCGGCCAGCUUCGGCAAACCGAUCAACUUUUAAUUUGUAAAAAAUCAAUAUCAUAAAGCCCCCUCUGCCAGCGGCCACUCAGAAGCAAAUGUGUAAAAAGAGCACAUACAAAACCAAUCCCAUGGAAAGUUCCAGUCAAAGAUGAGAGGUGAAAUACUGCCGGUUCUGAGACGGCAGGCUAACGGGAACCAGUAAGUUUUCUACGGACGACCGAGAACCGUAAGAUGGUGCAAAUCGUACUUUAAGUAGUUGCGCCACGAAACCAAAAGCAAACCCUACUUUUGAAAAACGUCGAUAGUUUUUCCCCACCGUACGCGAUCCCGGGCACUACGGGACGCGGAAGGCGGUUCGAAUCUGGAUUAUUGGAUAGAGAUUUCUACUGGGAAAAAAGAGAACGCAAAAAAGCAAAUAAAGCGAAACAGGAAAGCAACAUUAUUUAUUAGUCAUA